AUCAUAUCUAUAAUCUAUCCUACUCAAAAAAGUAUAUAGCAGGUAUAUAUUUGUGAAUUGAGGUAAGAAGCAUAUAUGGCAGGCAGUUCAAAUAAAUUAUGAUUCGAUUUUGACAGUGGAUAAAAAGAUAUAUAGUAUUGUCAACUAUAUAGCCAAGAAAGGUUAGGAGUUAGUAAGGAGAAAAGAGGAAAAUGUGAAAAAGAUUAUAGUGGGGAAUCAUAAGCUUGAAAGGAGAGUAACAGUGAAGAUGACAUAAGCAUUGUUCCCUACAGUCUAUAACAGAACCAAGCAUCACUAGGUGGGGUUACUGAUUGGGAUGAAAUAAAAUAAAGAUCCUAUCUAACUUCCAUUACACUUUGGUACACUUGUUAGUUUUUUCUUCUUUUGAAUCAACCUUAAAAAGGAUUCUAAUAAGCCUUUUCUUAUCUACUCUACUCAACUUCCCUUGAACACCAGAACAAACUCAUCUGAGAGUUUAGGAAGAAAUGAUGAUCAAUGAAGAUCAAACAAGUCUUACAACAACAGCCAAGGAACAACCAGGUGAAGCGAUGGACAGAAAUACGAACGGCGAUGAUGGAAGCGGAGAUGACAGUCCCAAAGAGUGGUUAAACCUGAGCUUAGGAGGCACUUCAGUCUUAACAGCUGAAGAACCUGAUUCACAAUCAAGACCAGCCAAAGUUUUCUCCUGCAACUUUUGCAUGAGAAAGUUCUUUAGUUCACAAGCAUUAGGAGGUCAUCAGAACGCUCACAAAAGGGAAAGAGGUGCAGCAAGAAGAUAUCAAUCUCAGAGUCAGAGGACAAUGGCACUAAUGGGUUUGUCCAUGAACAAUAUUCCAAUGUUUCGAUCACUUGGUGUCCAGCCUCAUUCACUAGUGCACAAGCCAUGCAGAGGUGGAACUAUGGUGGCUCCGAGCUUUCAAGAAGCAUAUGCGGCAGGACUCGGAAUGGCAUGUACCUCUUUCACAUCUGAGGAUCAUACUAUUCCGGUUUGGCCAGGAAGCUUUCGUAUGGUUCCACAGCAGCCCCAGCCACCACAAGAGUUACUCAAGCUUGAUUUAGACCUCAGACUCUGAUAGUUUUAUCCGCCUUUUCAGCUUGAACAGUUUUCUAAUUGAUAUAAGCAGGAAACUUACUCAGGUAGGAGACCCUUGACCUGGAAGUGUCAAAUAACUCAGCAAUGGUAUUGCAUAGUUAUGAUAGGAGAUUUAGUUAUUUAUAAUUUCCACUGUUUGUACAUGAGUACAUGUUAAGCACCAUAAAAAUUAUAUUAUAACAC